AUCCAACUUCAUCAUUGUUUACAUUUUGAUGUCAAAAGUGUUGUUUUGAUUUAGAAUCGUUAGCUAUUCUUUUAGCAAUAAAAUAAAAACAAAAAAAUCUAAAACAUAUCCUAAAAUGGCUUCUGCUAGCAGUACCAGUGCAAGGUCAUUAUUUGCAGAUUCAAAAAUGCGUCUUGCAGAUCGUGUUCAAGUAAAUGUUAAUAACAUAUCAUCACUUGCUAGACAAAUCACAAGAGGGUCUAAAAGUACAGAGAUCUUGAUGCAUUCUGCCAGGAAUUUUGCUGUACAAGAACAAGCCAUGGACAACAGUGAAAACAAUCUUAAGAAAUUACAAAUUCUGUGUGUUCAUUUAGAUUAUCAGCAUGAUGCUAUGAUAAAGUCAGCGCAGCAGCUUGAAGAAGUAAAAGAGCAGGUUUGUGCCAUGCAGAGAUAAUUUUCAUCAAGAAUAUAGCAAUUGUUGCGGUAAUGUUUAAUAAAAGUCUGAAAAUAAUAAUUUGUAACUUUAGGUAUCUUUAACACAUUCGCUGCCAUCUAUAUUCAGUUACUUUUAGUAUGGAGCCAACACCAAUAGAACCCUAGUCCUAUUCUGACUCAAGUAGCACAAAAUUGCUUUUGGCGACAGUAGCAACGAAUGUGUUGGAAAAUUGUUUAUAGAUUAGAAACAUAAUUUUUAAUGGGCAGCUUGUAAAUAUUUGUUUUCUUCUAAAUAUGGUCCCUACAAACUAUUGUUCUGCUGUUUAUUGCAAGUACUCCUUCUAUUUUCUAUGUCUUCUCUUCUCGAAGUUUGUUAUUUAUAUUUACAACUGUUUACCAGUAAAGGCCAGAGGGAGAAAAUUCAGGAAACUGCUUAAAUACUACUCAAAUAUUUAGUUAUUUCUAAUUCUACUAUGCUAAUUUUUCAUUUCCAUGUAUUUUUUAAAUUCCCACUACAGUGGAACCCCGAUAAGUCGGCCUCCGAUAACCCGGAAGUCCGGCUAAAAUUUUCAUCAGACAAAAUAAACAUUUUUUCAGUUUGACUGAGUUUUGUACCAAGAAAUGAACAAUACUGUAUACAACUGUACGUAAUUUAGAUGUAUUGUUCAUAUAUAUUUCACGUCUUCGUAAUUAUAAUGGAGUUUUCCUGUAAGUAUAUAGUAUUUUAUUAUUUUUUACCAUAUUCUCCGGCUAACCUGGAUUUUUGAUAACCCUGAUCGGCCGUGGUCCCGAUUAAUCCGACUUAUCUAUGUUCCACUGUAUUUCCUUAAUUUAUGUUGUAUUAUAAUUCGUUCAUAAUAAUCAUAUUUCCACCAUUCCAGUUGGUAUGUAUUCCUAUUAUUGUUAGUGUUUCUGUUAUUUAUGUAAGUAUCAUGUAUAUUGUUGGCAAAAUGUUUUUAUCCACUUCAUGUAAAGUGAUUAUUUUAAUAAUUUCUGAGUAACCAUUCACUGUAUUGAAGUACUUUAUUCUUGUAGUAUAACAAUAUAUAUUUUUGCACUUCUGUCAAUCCAUUCUAAGCUAAGAGAUUUUAUGUAUCGGACUAUAUUUUCUCCCUCCAAUUUUUUGUUCUCCUUAUUCUGUCUCACUUUCUUGUUAUAUUGUGGACCAGUAUUGUUCUCUCUGUUGUUCUCAGAAGACUAUCUUCCUCUUUCUUGUUAAUCAUCAUUGUUUCCAUCCUAUAUGCAACAACAGGUUUUAUAUAGGUUCAUCAUAUUGUUCUCUUACUUAGAGUCUUGCUGCUCAGCAGAUUUCUAUUCAUUACAUUUUUUUGGCUUUCAGAAUUCUUUCCUCUGUUCUCUAUUUUCCAGUUUACCCUAUUGUUACUCCUAAGUAGCUAAAGGUGGAUACAGUUUCAAAUUUGUGGUUCUGUGAUAUUAGUUGUUUCCGAGUUAUUGUAUCAUCCUUCCCUAUCGUCGUGUAUUUUGUUUUGUAUUGGUUUAUCUCUAGCCUUAUUUUCUUUUUUUGAUUAUCAAUCUUUUUAACUGCUGCUAUAAAGUUUUCACUGAGUCUUUGGAGGGACUAAAGAAAAAUACAAAAACUAUUAUUAAUUCUAGUUUAUGGUAAUUAUUUUUUAUGUGAUACAUUUUUAUAAAUAUUUCUUAAACAUAUUUUUAUGUAUUAUAUAUUUUUUCAUUGUACAUUCUAUGUUACAGUUGUAUUUAUUAUGAGAUUAUAAGUUAUAAAUAUUUUGCGUAAAUAAUAGAAAAAGAAUAAAUAAUUAACCCAA